AAUGGCCGCCACGGUCAGCGCGCUGCGGCCGGCGCACCACGCUGAUCCGAAAGCAGGAGCCAGGUACUUAUCCUGGUCUCCCAUGGGGUGCAGGGCCCAAGCACUUGGGCCAUCCUCCACUGCACUCCCGGGCCACAGCAGAGAGCUGGCCUGGAAGAGGGGCAACUGGGACAGAAUCCGGCGCCGCGACCGGGACUAGAACCCGGUGUGCCGGCACCGCAAGGCGGAGGAUUAGCCUAGUGAGCCACGGUGCUGGGCCUCUUUUUUCUUUUAAGAUUCAUUUUAUUUAUUUGAAAGGUAGAACUACAGAGAGAGAUUAGGAGAGACAGGGGAGAGAGAAAGAGAGAGAGAGAGAGAGACUGAUUCCACCUACUGGCUCACUCCCAAAAUGGCUGAAAUGGCUGGGGCUGGGCCAGGCCGAAGCCAGGAGCCCAGAGCUUCUUCUGGGUCUCCCACACGGGUAGCUGGGUAAGAUGGGCCAUCUUCCAGUGCUUUUCCAGGUCAUUAAUAGGGACCUGGAUCAGAAGUGGAGCAGCCAGAUCUCGAACCAGCACCCACAUGGGCCGGCGUCCCAGGCAGAGGCUUGGCCUGCUAAGCCACAACACCUGCCACAGGUAGGUUGUUUCUUGUGUCUGUGAUGGUUUCCUGACAGUGACUGUGCUUGACAGUGUCCAUUUUCUGUCAUAAAGUCCAACCCUUCCUACUUACAUCUCUACUAAAUAACCACACACAUAUGCAGAGGUCCUGGGGUACUACCAAGAGAGUAGGAGAACAAGGAAUGAACCGAUAUGAAUAAAGCACUAUAUUAUUAUUGAGGAUUAAGGCUUUAACAAAUGAGUGUGGGGGUGAGGGCCACAGACUCCGUAACGGCACCGUGGGUGGCGUGUGGGAUCCUGAGGUUGUCGUCAUCACAAGUCUGACAUUUCCUUUGCCUUUGCCUCAGCACACCUGCUUUCUCUCACCUGGGAAGGUCUUGGGAUUGACCCAACGGCUCCACCACCUCCCCUCGGGCAGUGUAUGUAUGAUGUGUACCCCACAAGAUGUUCCUCAUACACACGUGGUCUUUUGCCACCACGAAUGCUCUCAUUCAUCUCAGAGAAAUUUCUAGGCCAGAGCUUACCUCAAGCAUCCAGUUGCCUUUGAAAGUGUAAUAUCCAGAAAAGGAGAAAGAUGCAGAGAUGCUUAUGGAAUUUUCGUUAGACAUAGUGAUUUUUUUCUGUUAGGGUAUUGCCUUGCUUUUUGUCUAAAUGGGUACAAACAAAUUGAGAAAUGUUACAUGACUCACCAGUGAGCUCAGCGUACUCAUGGAGGCUUCUACUACCUGUUUUCUGGCACUGCUUUCUCAAUUUCCCUUUUUAUUCCUUACACCAUCUCCCAGCGUGAGACAAAGGGAUCCACAGUCUUUGAAAAGACUUCUCCUCUUUAGUUAACUCUCUUAUGCUGGGAACCAGAAUAUGCAAAAUCAGUGCUCACCAGAACAGGUAAAAUUAGUGCUCAGAUUCAAGUAUUUCUAAAUAUAUUCCUCCAUCUGCAGAAAUAUAUAUCCCAGGGAAAACUAAGACAUCCCUCACCCUCUUGGCCAGUGUUUAUGACAGGAGCACAGACCCAGAAUGGAGCUGGAAGGACGUCCAAGUAAACGAAACCAGAAUCCCCAGUUGAUUCCGUGGGCCGUUGCUGCUGUUUGCAUCUCACUUUUCAGUGCCUGUUUCAUUGCAAGCUGUUUGGUGACUAGUCACAACUUUCUACGCUGUAAGAGAAGCAUGGGAGUGUUCAAGUUUCCAGCCUACCACAGGGAGCUCAGAUGCAUCAGAGAGAAAUCAGAAUCAAAAGGGAGCUACUGGAACUGCUGUCCUGUUGGCUGGAGAGCCUUCCAGUCCAACUGCUACCUGCCUCUUAACGACAACAGGACAUGGACUGAGAGCGAGAGGAACUGCUCAGGGCUGGGGGCCCACCUGGCGACCAUUGGCACAGAAGCUGAGCAGAACUUCAUUACUCCAUUUUUGGACAGACAAUAUUCAUAUUUCCUGGGACUUACUGAUGAGAAGACCGAAGGUCAAUGGCACUGGGUAGACCAGACACCAUUUAACCCACACAUGACAUUCUGGCAUAAGAAUAAACCCAGCGACUCCCGAGAAAAAAACUGUGUUACCCUUGUUAAUGAUCAAGAUAAAUGGGCCUGGAGUGAUUUUCCUUGUAACUUUGAGACAAGUAGGAUUUGUAAGAUACCUGUAAUGGCAUUCAGCUAGAAACCUGUGAAAUGGGUGUUCCGAGGGAGACAGCAGAGAACCAAUUUCUUCAGAGCAGAAUGCACAUUAUUGGGAAAAACCUACGGGGUUUUAGAGCAUUUUCAGUCAUGAUGGUGUCAUUAUUUCUGUUCAGUUCAUCAAGAUAAUGUGUGUGCACCAAUGUGUUUAUAAUCAUGUGGUUUUGUAUGGUGUUUUGGAAGGAAUCAUCUUUUUUUGUGAGAACCAAUUUUCAUUAUUUUUGCUUUCUUAUGGGGUUUGAAGGUAUUUCCUUUGCAGUUGGUGUGCCUUGAUUUCAUAUCUUCACAGAAUGGCUUAAAAACAAGACUUUUUGGUCAUUAUUCUGCUCAGAUUCUAUCUACUAAAACAUAAGGAUAGGAUGUAUUCUGACUGACAGUGGCAAAUCAUUUUUUAAUGCAAAUAUCAAAAGUGUUUUAAAGUUUUUAAUUGACAUUUUUAUUGUCUGAUGCUUCAUUUUUAGACUUUUUAGUAGCAUCAGACCUUACACAGACAUUCUGUGAGCAAAAUUUCCCAGAACAGCAGUACAGAACAGAUCUAAAUUAUGUGAUUGCACAAGUAGACAAAGAAAGUCUAUAUACCUUUUUAAAAAUUUACUUCUUACUCCACUCUAAGUAUCUUUUCAGAACAGUGAAUUGUAAGCUAUGUUGAGUGAAAAAGUUUCUUUCAGAACACCUUAACCGAAUUUCUUCAACGUUAUAGCCAAGGGAGCAAAGGCCUUCUGAAACUGAAGGACUCCUGUUCCUAUUCCUGGUUUAUGAUAGAUCAGGAGUGUGGCCAGCUCACUCUUCAUUAAAGAUGAAAUAUAUUCCAGUUAGUAUUACAGAAAAGUCACUGGGAGUAACUUGGCCUCUGUACUUGGCUGAUUUAAAUAAUAUUUGGUCCGGCGCCGCGGCUCACCGGGCUAAUCCUCCGCCUAGCGGCGCCGGCACACCGGGUUCUAGUCCCGGUCGGGGCGCCGGAUUCUGUCCCAGUUGCCCCUCUUCCAGGCCAGCUCUCUGCUGUGGCCAGGGAGUGCAGUGGAGGAUGGCCCAAGUGCUUGGGCCCUGCACCCCAUGGGAGACCAGGAUAAGUACCUGGCUCCUGCCAUCGGAUCGGCGCGGUGCGCCCGCUGCAGCGCUCUGGCCACGGCGGCCACUGGAGGGUGAACCAACAGCAAAGGAAGACCUUUCUCUCUGUUUCUCUCUCAGUGUCCACUCUGCCUGUCAAAAAAAAUAAAUAAAUGAAAAUAAAUUUAA